AUGCCGCCACGAGCAGACGGAAGUCCACGCCCACGGCAAGGGGGCAAACCACUUGCGUCCAACUGGAAGAAUUGCGCCGGUGUAUCCGUCAAAGUAGACGGCUUGCCGCCCAACGUGACUUCUGAAAACUUGCUGCAAUGGUUUUCCAACUAUGGUACCAUUACAUUUUGCAACAUCACGGAGGCUACUGGCAAAACUCAGAUCUCAGCAUCUGCUGUCGUGAACUUUGAGCCUGUGCCUAGCACUGCGUUCUGGGAAGCUGGUUCAGUCGUAGUACAGCAUUCUGACACUGCGAAGUACCCAGAGGGACUUCGACUCCGGCUUUGUGCCGAGUCUCGCCGGGAGAGAUGGUUCAAAAGCCGUAUCGAUCCCGACGUGCAAUAUCCCACAAAGAUUACGGCGAGACUUAGCUCGUUGGGCUUAGGCUCCAUGAUCGGCCCUGCUGCGAUCAAUAUUCGCAAAUCAGUCACUUCGUCCAACGGUACAAACGACUUCAGCCUUGAACUGGAUGUGUUGGCAAAGCGCCUGAUUAUUUACUUUCCUCUUGCCGUCAAACAAGAUGAUGGCCAUUAUCACACCAAGCAGCUCAAGCUUCUCGCUGAAUUGUCUCAGAUGCAGACUGCUGUUUAUAUCACAGAAAAGGGACAAGAGGCCUUUAUUUUACCUUUUCCCAUCCCGCCUCAGUAUUUCUGGAAAUUCGAUGAAUUGGAGCGGGCUGCUUUUGCCUCACGUCGCACCAACUGGCGUGCUCAAGAUUCUUGGAAGAGAGCCACAGACAUUAUGGAGGACGAUACAAGCUCGUUGAAUUUCCCCGUCUCUGCCAAUCCCGUUUCGUUCAGACCAGCUUUUCUAGAUGUCGGUCGUUGGACGGCUUUCCGGGUUGUUGUGAAUGCCACGAACGGACCUGGCAAGCUGGCAAUCCAACAUCUGAAAUUAGCGCUGGAAGAUCUGAAUACCACGCUACAAGUCUGUGAUCAAUUCCUCGUUGGUAAUUCCACGACGACAAUGUGGGACUACCUUGACCAUCACAGCGUUGAGGGAGAGCAGCAUGCCUUGGCCAGCUUGCUGCCAUCCAACACGCCCUUUGUCCAUCUAGACUUUGGCGUUCGGUAUCAACUGGAAGUAUGCAUUACCCGCCGCGUACUCAACGAGCAUACGGUGUCCUUGGAGUUCUUGGAAAAGCUAGCUGCACUGCAUCCACUGGAUGCGAAGCACCGGCUGGAAUUCCUUGUGGAUCAAGAGGAGGUUGUGCAUAAUCCUAUGGAUAUAUUUGCAAAGCGGACCGUGGCAUCCUAUAGACCAGCGACAAGAAUCCCACACUACUGCGUGUUGGCGCGAAAGGCCACUGUUACCCCUACUUCUCUUCUACUGAGCUCGCCCGCUGUUGAGACCUCGAAUAGGGUACUCCGAUAUUUUAACCAAUCUCAAGACCGCUUUUUAAGAGUGCAGUUUGUGGAUGAGGCGGAGAGCGGCCGUAUGACCAUGAACUCCCACAACAAAGAAGAGAUAUGGAAGAAGUUGCUCAGGACCCUGUACGAAGGCAUCCAGAUUGGCGAUCGGCGAUACGAAUUCUUGGCUUUCGGCAGCUCACAGCUCAGACAGUCUGGCGCAUAUUUCUUCUGCCCAACUGAUCAUGUUUCAUGUGAAGAUAUCCGUCAGUGGAUGGGCCAAGUUAGUCAUAUCAGAAUCGUGGCCAAGUACGCAGCUCGGCUGGGUCAAUGUUUCUCUACAACACGAGAGAUGAAGGGUGUCCCCAUCCCAGAUGUGCGACCCAUUCCAGAUAUCGAGCGGAAUGGCUACUGCUUUACCGAUGGAGUCGGCAUGAUAUCUGGAUUCAUGGCUCGGAUGAUUGUUGAAGAGCUCACCUUGGAAGUAUACAACGAUCCAUCUGCAUUUCAAUUUCGCAUGGGUGGGUGCAAAGGUGUACUAGUAGUCUGGCCCCAGGCCAAAAGAAGCGAGGUUUACAUCCGACAGUCCCAAGAGAAGUUCAAAGCCGACGCCAAAAACUUGGAGAUUAUCAAGUGCGCUAAAUACACCUCUGCUACACUGAACCGGCAAACAAUCACUAUUCUAGAGUCUCUUGGUGUGCCGAAGAAGGCUUUCAUGGAUAUUUUGGAGAAACAGAUUUCUCUCUACGAAGAAGCCGCCAAGGAUAACAGAGUGGCGAUUGGCAUGCUGAAAAAGUGCGUGGACGAGAACCAGUCUACGCUGGUCUUGGCCGAAUUUUUGCAGGCCGGCUUCAAGACUAAUGAUUGUCAAGAGCCGUUUGUGGUUAACUUACUGAAUCUUUGGCGGUCUUGGUCUCUGAAGCUACUCAAAGAAAAGGCUAGAAUCGCCAUCGAGCAGAGUGCAUUUGUACUGGGCUGUGUAGACGAGACGGGUACUUUGAGAGGCCACUCAAAUGCGACCGAAGGCACCUCUGAUAAAGAUAUCAACAAACUUCCCCAAAUAUUUUUACAGGUGUCUGACUCAAAAGUAUACAAUACAACCAAAGUGAUUGAGGGCAUCUGUGUUGUUGGGCGAAAUCCGUCAUUGCACCCAGGCGAUAUUCGGGUAGUUGAAGCGGUUGAUAUUCCUGAGCUGCGCCACCUUAAAGACGUCGUCGUCUUUCCUUCGACUGGAGAUCGUCCGGUACCCAACAUGCUGUCUGGCGGAGACCUCGAUGGAGAUGAUUUCUUCGUCAUUUGGGAACCCACCCUGAUCCCCGAGAAGUGGAAUCACCCGGCCAUGAAUUAUACUAGCCCACCGCCGCAGCAACUUGAUCGAGAUGUCAAUGUUGACGAUUUGCGAGACUUUUUCGUAAAUUACAUGAAGAAUGACGUGCUUCCGCUAAUCGCAACGUCUCACUUGGCGUUGGCCGACCGUUUUGGACCUGGAUCACCUGUUUGUCGAAGACUGGCUGAGCUUCACUCCAAAGCUGUCGACUAUCCAAAGACUGGUGAGCCCGCGGAAUGCAAUCACGCCAUGCAUAACCCUCAGGAUUGGCCGCAUUUCAUGGAGAAGAGGCAAAGAUAUACAUCGCAACAUGCCCUGGGGUUGAUAUAUGAUAGGGUGAUCAAGCAGUCCAUCGAGUUCCGACCUGACUGGGAAAAUGCUUUCGAUAAGCGUAUUCUCAACCGAUUCCAGCUUGAUACGGCAAUGCUCAAGAGCGCCAGGCAGAUCAAAGGCCAGUAUGACGCUGCGGUACGCCGUGUAUUGUCGCACCACAAUCUCGACAACGAGUUUGAGUUGUACACAUCAUGGGCUAUGUCGAAACCAGCGGUCGGAAGUGACUACAAGCGACAGGAAGAACUGGGUAGAGAAUUCGACGCCAUCAAAGACAGAUUCCGUGCCUUGUGCUUUGAGGCCGCUGGUGGUCGCGACGAGGACAAAAUUGACAGAUUCGUGGCAGCCAUGUACAAAAUCACGGAACAAGAGAUCGCCAUUGCACUGUUUGAGCAUCGCCGUGGAGCAACGAAUGAGGCUAGCAGUAUCAUUCCAGCCCGGAAGCUCGAAACAAAGUCAAUGCCUCUGAUUAGUUUCCCUUGGAUCUUCCCUUGGGUCAUGAUUCAAGUCGCAUCAGACGGGAAGUGCGAUCCAAAACGCUCGAUACUCGCUGCGGCUCAUCGCUUUAUGCCUGUUCCUACGCUUCCCAUUGUCCAUGACGCCUCAGUAGAUGCAUUCGGACUCAUCGAUUCCCAAGCUACACUCCCAAAGAGCGCAUUGAAUGAUGGAGCUGACGAGAAGGUUGUCGUUACUUCGGAAGAAGAGAGAGAGGAAGGAGAACUGCCACAGGGCAUGGAGGCGAUGUUUCUAUUUGAAGACUUUGACAACUAA